UCGCGUGUCUGGGGAGUCAGGAGCACAGAUGUACGUCUAACCUAAUCGACGAAGCAGCUGCACAAACAACCGUCUAACCACGAUUAGGGGGAACUCCGUCGUUUCAAGGUUUGUCGUAGCGUCACGAGGCAAUCAUCAUGAGGCCGCUGUUCACGAAGGAUCCUGUGAUGAAGCAGACAGGCAACAAGGUUGUCAUGGAGGCUCUGGUGAAGUCCGAUCCACAGGCGCGCGUCCGCUGGUACCAUCACAGUCCCGACGACGAAAACCUUAUGCAGGACAGCGAACGCUAUCGCAUGAAGUCGCAAGAGAACAAGGACGGAACUCAAGUGUUCACGCUCACCAUCACGGCCCCUACGCUCGAGGACUCCGGUACAUACCUGGUGAAGGCAUAUAAUGCACUGGGAGAGAACUCAGCGAAAUUCAACCUGAACCUUGGAGUUCCCGCUGGCGAGGGAGUAAUCCCGGAAUUCCUUGGGCCUCCUUCUAUCACGGAUUCGCCGGACAGGAAGGCGAUGACCAUCGAAUGCCAAGUGAAAGCCGACCCUAAGCCGACAGCCUCCUGGAUCUUCGUUGAAAAGACACUAUCCGAUGCGACGGAGAAGUACAAGUUCCCGCUGGCGAGGGAGUAA